UGAGAAGUGAAACAGAAGGAGGAAGAUAUUAUAAAUAAAAGCGAACCAAAUCUAAAAUGCACAAUCUUCCAAAAAAAAAAAAUAAAAAGACUUAAGCCUUAUCAUGCCCUCGAAAAUAUAUAGACAAUUCCACUACAAUCAAAUGAUUCAACAACACAAUGGAGGAAAUCAUCCAGGAGUGUCUCCCAACCCAGGACUAUUCGGGUAGGUUCUAAGGAGUUUAUGCAUAUUGGUUUGCGAUGCCUUGAUCUGUUCCUCUAACUGAGCAGCUUUACCUCGUAGUAAGUUGACCUGAGAUUCCAAACUUUGAUGGGAUGUAUUAAUAAUGUCUUGCUCUUCAGCUGUAGAAGAGACAUUUGACACUGGGGAUGAAGCGGCAGAGCAAGCACUAUAUGGGAUAGAUGAGAAAUUCAAAGCCACUUCUCUCGAGAGCGCAGGAUUGCGAGCAUCUAAAGUAGGAGUAAAAAAGCCAGAAGAAACUGAAGACGAUGCAGACGAUGAACAUUUUGGUUUUUUUCGAAAAAAGCCUUUCUUUUCUUGUGUAUGCUCUAAAUUACUCACCGAAGAUGAGCUUUGAACAGUAAAAUCCUUUUUUUCAGCAAUUAUCCUUUGCAAAUUUAAUAUUUUACGUUGUAGACUUUCCAACUCUGCAUAUUUUUGUUGCAUGUCUAUAUAAGCGUUGACAAACGCUUCGUGGAACAUUCUGGUUUGCUUUUUGUUAAACCAUGCUGUCCAUCUUCCAAGGGCAUCUGUAGUUAAAGGUUCAUCGGCUUGUCCAAGACUAUCAUCCCCAUGAGCACUACUUUCGUUUUCAGAUGUGAUUGUGGAAAACGAAACGAAUGAAUUUCCUCGAAACAAUACCGUGCGGCGAGGCAUUUCAAAAUUGCACUCCAAAGUGCAAAAAAUUCCCACUCGAUUAACGUCCCAAGCUAAAAAAGCAUUCAACAAAUGUUGUAUGCUCUGCGUAAGUCUUAACAUCGUUUACUCUUGCAGGGAAUUACGCUUAGUGAGGGUGAACCUUAAUGCGUUACUUUGUAUUGCAUAAUGUAACGAGUCCGUAAAACGAUGCGUAUUGUUUACGUGUGGAACUUGAACAUAAUUAAAGCUUUACAUACGCGCUUGGAUGAAAAGUGAAUCGCUUUGUGUUAAAUUCCGUUGAUAAUUGGGAUUUUUGAAGUUUUCGUUUCUUCAUGCACAAAAGAGUAGGCAUUGGCGCGCUAAACAAGGAUCCUAUCAAACAAUAUGAGAAAGUAGGCAAUGAAUUGAUUGAACAGCAAGCUGAAGAAAUUGCUUCUCAACUAUCAACAUUCCAGGAAGCUUUGAAAAAUUUCGCUAAAGAACAUGCAGCUGAAAUUCGUAACAAUGCUGAAUUUCGGAAAACAUUUACAAAGUUGUCCCUGAAAAUUGGCCUAGAUCCGCUAGUCAGCGGUUCGAAAGAAUCCGCGUGGUCGGCUGUGGGCAUAAAUGAAUUUUAUUUACAGGUUGCUGUUCGUAUCAUCGAAGUUUGUCAUGCAACUCAGUUGGAAAAUGGAGGACUGGUUUCCGGUAGUCGCGUUUGCCAAUAUUUGAACGAUGAAAAUGAAGCUUCAGGGUAUGAUUUACUAACGGAAGAUGAUAUUGUACGUGCUGUAACAGCUUUGAAACCCCUUGGUCCAGGAUGUGAUAUUGAAGUUAUUGCUGGCAAACGUUAUAUCAGAUCACUACCAUUAGAACUCAGUAAAGACCAGAAUGUUGUAUUGGAAGCGGUUGAGGUACUUGGUUAUGUCACUGUAACUAUGCUAAAGGAUAACUAUGGUUGGGAUCGGGGUCGGUGCAUCCACGUACUGAAUGACUUGGUCUCAAAAUCACUUUUAUGGAUUGACAACCAACCUAUGGAAACUGCAUACUGGGGAGCCAGUACAUUGCUUAAUGAAAAAUCAUCUCAGGUAGCAGAAUGGUGAAUUAAAUAAUCUUUUCCUCGUGAUGCAAUGCAAUUGCCCUUUUUUAAAAGAAAUAAAAAUUAAAAAAAAGAAGAAAUAUAACGGAAAUGAACAAAAUUUUCGUAAACGUGAUAAUAUAAACACACAACAGGGAUUAUGCUUUUAGAGACUGGGGAACAUCAAAGGAAGACGGCGAGAACGGUGUUGUCAUAAAAACGAAAUGAAGUGGACGAUAUCCUUGGUUUUGUAAUUCGUGUUCUUCAUCAUAUGAUAGAAGAUUGACCUGCUUCUGUGGCAUAGGAAGCGUCUUAAGACUAGUUGCUGAAUAUGCACGAGCAGGAUGACCGAAAUUAUUCCGAUUAGAGUAACGUUGAAAAGAAGAUGGGACGCGUUUUCUCCUUUCUUUUUUCCGAGGAUUCUUUAUGUAAACUAAUUUGAUCCGAACGUAAGCUUCUACUUGCUCUGAACGCAUUGUAAGUGGCAAGAUCAUUUCUUGGUGUCCUUCAGUCAAAGCACCAUCCAGAGAAAUCUCGGCUUCACCUACUACAUGGGGGAUAGUAUGACCACGAAAUUGAAGACUAACAUUCAAAAAAGAGGAGGAAGUGAGAGUAGUAAUGGCAAAGGAAGCUUUGUUGCUAAGUCUAUGGUCAUUGACUCCCAUGUGAGAAAGAGGAACACACUGCAUAGCCCCGGAUAAGUUCAUAAGGCAUUGAAACGGUUUACUUUCCAUGGAGUGCUUAAAAAUUGACUGGUAUUGGUUACGAUAUAUCAAGCGUUUCCAUUGAGGGCUCCAUUCUUCCCAAUUUUCAGGUGCCACAUAGAUAUGCAACCUCCCGAGUUCUAUUGAACCCAUCGGUGAUUUUGUUCUUGUGUAUUUAUCCGCAAAACAGUAAAUUGGCUAUGUGACAAAGGAAAACAGAUAGAUCUGAGACAUGACUCUACGAUUUACCAGCCAUCUAUUCCGUUUUUGUAUGACCAGCAAUAUGUAUGGUUGUUACUUACCCAGGUAACAAUAUUGCUACUACUGCUAAUUAUCAAACAUUUGGUACAUUACUUUGUUUAUUUACUUUUUGACAUGAGAAGAGAAGUGGCUUUUGCUGGAAGGGUUUGAAUACCAAGUUUCUCAACUUUAGCUCACUCGUUUGGAUAAGUAUUUGGUGCUUGAAACGAUCCUGGCUUUCCUCAUUGGGAAUCAUAUGUGGGUUUUCUUCCUAAAAAGCAUUUAUAAACGGAAAGGUAUGUGAACUAGGCAUAACCAAACCAGAUGAACAAUUUGUUCGUAGUCUUGCACUUCUGGAUUUGAGGAAGAAGGAACCAGUUCAAUUCGAAGCCAAUUGGUUCGCUGAUGGUUUAAAUUUACGCAAGCAGGUUGUCUUGAUGGUCUUCAUUAAGAUUAUACAUCAACUCAUCUUCAAUGACCGCUUUGUAAAGAUAUCUUCUAUUCGAAAGCAAACACCGUUGUUCUUAUACAGUAAUUCGGAAAAACAGUUCUUAAGAGUUACUGACUAAAGGGUAUUGUUAUUAGCGUGUCGGGGUUGUUUAAGCAUAUCGUUAAGCAGAAAGGAAUGGAUAUUUCGCAAACGCAUAUGACAAAAUUAAGUUAAGACCCUUUGGUAUAUGUUUGAAUUCUAAGAAAUGUAUAUGUGUAUAUUUCUACAUAGUACGACAUGUAGAGCAAUUAUAUAUGUCAACGAAAUUGGCUUUCCCAUUUUUACUAAUUAUUAUUUAACGUUUUUAUCCAGAUGUUGACGAUAGUUUACUGUGGUUUCGCUAGUUUCUUUUAUAUGAUCAUUUUGUUUUGGUUUUAUCUUGAAAUGAGUUACUAUUAUUUUCAACUCUUCAUUCAUUCAAUUAGAUGUUAUGCAUGAAAUUGUUUCUUCCGUUCAAAUCGUUUGAAAAUCCUUCUUUUUAUCCUAAAGGAGGAAAUUCCUUCAUGAAGGUGCUGAGUUUGUUUAUUUGAAUCAAGUUUUAUUAAAGGCUCCAGAUUUUACUUUUAUUAUCUUCAAUGGAAAGGUGGUACUUAUUGUAAUAAUUGUUUGAGAAUGUAUAUCUUACUUUUGUCAUUCUUUUGUGAAUUCUAUUGCUUCUAGGGUCUUGACUACGUACUUACUUUCUCUAUUAGCUUCUUUUCAUAGAAGAGACUCCUAAAUAUUUUGUUUUAUUUGAAUUGAUUAUUUUAUUCAUUUUAUUAUUAUUAUUAUUUCUUCUUGUAAAAGAGAUUUUAUUACUCGUACUAUCAUU